AUGUCUGCCCCUGCGUUCCCCCCCGGUGGUACUCUCCUCCAGACAUUCAAGAAGUCGUUUGUCGAUGUACCCAUUGACGCAGACAACGACAAUGCUAUCUCUACUACCGAGUUCCUCGAAGCUGCCGAGUCCUUAACAAGCAUGUUCGACGUCCUUGGAUCCGUUGCCUUCUCGCCCGUUAAAUCUGAUAUGUUGGGCAACGUUAAGAAAAUCCGGGAUCGUCAGCUUGCUGCUCCUGCUGAAUCUGAGACCUUACAAGCUCUCUGCAUCAACGAGCUAAAGACGAAAAAGCACGUCGCCACGGAAGGUCUCGUAUGGCUAACACGAGGACUGGAAUUCACUUGUAUUGCACUAAGCCAGAACUUGGCUCAGGAAUCCGAAGAGCUCUCCGCCUCUUUCCGAAACGCAUACGGCUCGACCCUCAAACCCCACCACGGACUUCUCAUUAAGCCCGUCUUCUCCGCUGCCAUGAGCGCUUGCCCGUACCGUAAAGACUUCUACCCCAAGCUAGGGGAGGACCAGGACAAGGUUUCUACCGAGUUAAGAACCUACCUAGCUUCUCUCGAGAAUAUUGUGGGUAUACUUAAGGGUUUCUUGAGCCGCAAGGAGGCCAAGUGGUGA